AAUUUUUAUUCCGAUUAUUUUUUUCGCACACUGUACCAAAUAAUAACUGAUGAAGAAGUUUUAAAAACUUUAAAAAAACUAAAAGAAGAUAUUGAAGAAGAAGUUAAAUUUUCUGCUAUUAGCAAUUAUGAAGCAUUAGUAACACUUGAAAAA